CCGUCCCCUCAGCGCGCGGCCGGGCGGCCCCGUCCCCUCAGCGCGCGGCCGGGCGGCGGGAGCGGCGGGGGGGGGGCGGCGGCGGGGCGGCCAUGGCGAAGCACACGGUGUCAUCGGCGCGGUUCCGCCGGGUGGACGUGGGCGAGUACGACGAGAACAAGUUCGUGGAUGAGGAGGAAGGAGGCGACGGGCAAGCGGGGCCCGAUGAGGGCGAGGUGGACUCGUGCCUGCGGCCCGGGAACACGAUGGCCGCGCUGCAGGCGGCUCUGAAGAACCCUCCGAUCCACACAAAGAACCAGGCAGUGAAGGACCGCGCAGAAAGUAUUGUCCUGGAGGUCCUCAUCUCUUUCAAAGCCAACGAUACUGAGAAGGCGGUGCAGUCGCUGGACAAGAACGGUGUCGACCUGCUGAUGAAGUACAUCUGCAAAGGCUUUGAGAGCCCCUCGGACAGCAGCAGCGCUGUGCUGCUGCAGUGGCACGAGGAGGCCCUGGCUGCUGGAGGAGUAGGGUCCAUUGUCUGCGUUUUGGCUGCCAGGAAAACGGUUUAAAUCCAGCAGCGAGUGGCUUGUCCGCC